AUGAUAACUUUGUCGGUGGUGGUUGGUGAUGGCAGAAAGUACUUAAUACAUCACCGUUCAUUACAGAGUAUUGGGGGCAAUCUUCUCAACUCGGCCACUGUUUCUGAUCUCCAACCAGUCUUCCUGGCUCUCGACGCCAUGCUCCACGUCGACAACGCAGUCAAAGGUGAACGCACUCUGCCUUACCGUGACGUGAUAAAGUCUAUGCCUCCCUUAAAAGGCCUUGACCCCACUGACGUCCUCAUCUACGUCACCUUGCCCUUCACGAAACAGGGUGAUCACGUGAUGUUCUACAAGCAGCCAGAACGCCGAGGGUUCGAUACGUCAUACGUAAAUGCUGUAACAGUGAUGUCAUUUCAACCAGGAAGUGAUGUCAUCGAGGACAUUCAUUUCACUUUUGGCGGGAAAUGUUUCCAGCCGGUUGUGAAAAUUCAAGCUCUUCAGCAGGAAAUGGCAGGAAAAUGCUGGUCUCUAUCACUGGUGACCACCGUUCUUAAAUCCAUUGGCAAUCUCCUCGACAACAGGACGACCGUCACUAAAGACGCCCGGCAUGUCGCUAUGGCACAAGCUUUCAAGUUCAUGUUUGCUAUAGAAGAGACCAUCAGUGGAAAGACUGACCCCAACGGCCCCUCUGCCCUGUCUACUGUGGACUACGAGAGUACCCGAGUGUUUGACCCUGUCGGUCCAGAUCAACCUCCGGAAGAUGCCAUACGUCGUCCUAUCCCACACUCCAGUGCCCUACAGAUGACGUGUGGAGAGGCUGUGUACCUGGACGACAUGCCGCGAUCUGAAGGUGAACUGUAUGCUGGACUUGUGCUGAGCACGCGACCACACGCUCGAAUCAAGGACGUGGACGUGACCAAAGCUAUUGCGUUGCCCGGGGUAACGGGAUAUGUGGAUCACCAGGAUGUGCCAGGGAAGAACCUGUGGGGAUGUGCUAUACAGGAUGAACAGGCAUUUGCUGAAACAGAGGUGAAGUGUUGUGGUCAGAUUAUCGGCCUUGUGCUUGCCGAAGAUCGCCAGGUGGCGCAGGAAGCAGCAAGACACGUGACGGUGACAUACGAGGAUCUACCUGCCAUUCUUUCUAUUGAGGACGCCAUACGAGAGAAGGCGUUUUAUACUGAGGAACUGGCCAAAGCCAGCCAUUGUCUUCGGUGACGUUGAAGCCGGUUUCGCUGCGUCUGAUGACGUUAUUGUGGGUCACGUGGACAUCGACGCCCGUGAACACUUCUACAUGGAGAGGCAGGGUGUUCUGGUAACGCCAAGAGCAGAGCACAACG